UCAUGGCUCUCUGACAGUUUGGCCGGUCGACGCGAUUCCGUUCGUCGGGACAAGUCGCAUCGACGAACCAGUGUGCAGUGUGGUUAGCCAACGGAUCGAAUAGAGCGUUCGGUGAUCGAACACCCGGUUUAUCGAGAAGAUUCGAUGGAACUCCGUUUGGAACGGGUUCGGUGAUCGCGAGAAUCGUCGUCAGGGUCGAAGUGUAGAGUGUCCGAUUGGAGAAUAAUCGAGGGACUGGAAUUCGAAAAGUAGCGGGUACAUAGAUCGGUGAGCGUAGCUCCGGGAGCCACGAAGAAAGAAGUUGGUGCACCUGCCGCAGUGGUUCUCGUGGCGCCACUCACGUGUUGCAUGCGUGCCGUGCUAUCCAUCAUGGUCGCGGACUCGGAGCGGCUCUGAUUGGUCGGUGGCGCGGUCACGUGGUAUGGUAAUUGGGCUCCGGUGGGCGGGAAGGAGUGAACGAGGUCGCGAAGCUUCGUGGAAGAUCGCAAAAGUGGCGGAAGGAGAGGAGAGGAUAAGCAGCUGUCCACCGGGAGUCUGCUACUCUCCGUGGUCUUGCUCUUUUCGCUCGUUUUCUCUCCCCCUGUCUUUCUCCCUUUUCCGUCUUCUGCGUACCCUUUCCUCUCCGGCCGAAAAAGUCACCCUAACAGGGCGAACGGAGAACGAUGGCCGUGGGCCACAGUGCAGUGCAGUGUGUACGGCUCCGACAAUGAAUAUCAACAUGGAACUAUGCGACUCUAUGAACUAAUUCAGCGACGAGUAGACGAAUAUAUCCGUACAGUGGUCGAUUUCGGAAAGUUACCGCGAUUGGAACUGUAAUCGGGCACCGGGUGUUAAAAAGCAAAGGAUCGUCGCGAAGAUGAGUUCGUUCCUGAUGAAUCCAUCCGCCGGCGGUGGAUAUCAUCAUCACCAGCACCAGCAGGCGGCAGGCAGUCAUCAUUUGGCGGCGACCUCCGUCAUGGUGGAUCCGAAGUUUCCUCCUACCGAAGAGUACAGUCAAAGUAAUUACAUACCGUCCACCGGAACGGACUUCUUUCCCGGCAGCGGGGGCGGUCAUCAUCUGAAUCAUCCUCAGUCCCAUCAGUUGCAGUACGGUUACCAUCAACAUCAUCAUCAGGCCGCGUCCACGCCGUACGGUGCGUCGUCCGCGGUUCAAUUGAACGGCGGCUACGCCGGCUACGGUGGCUACUACGGACCACAUCAUCCUCAUCACCAAGUACACGCCGUGCACCACGCCAGUUUGCAUCCUCAUCACCAUGCGGUGGGCGCUCUGGCGAUGCCCCCGGAGGCGCAGCAACCGCCUCUCACGUGUCCAUCCUCGAUGCAGAAUCAGCAACAACCGCAACAACAGCAGCAACCACCUGUGACCGCGUCCACUGUCCUCGGAUCCACUCCGCUGUCACCUGGCAUUAUGCAGAAUCACGUGCAGCCGCCGGACAAUCUUCAGCAUCAUCAGCAGCCGAGUCAGCAGCCGCCGCACGAUGGCAACGCGUGCAGCCCGACGAACACCGGCCAAAUGCAUCGCGACAACUCGCCGGACCUUCAACAGCAACCCACGACCACUCAACAGACGCAGCAUAUACAGAGCACGCAACAGCAACAACAGCAGCAAAGUCAGCAGCAGUCGCAACAACAUCACGUGGACGACGGCUCCGACCAGGAUGACAUGGAGGACGAUCAGAUGAUGGACGGAUCGCCUGGAAUGAUGGAGGACGAAGAGGAGGACGAGGAAAAUGGAGACCGUGUGAUUUAUCCGUGGAUGAAGAAGAUUCACGUUGCUGGUGUCGCGAACGGCUCGUACCAGCCUGGGAUGGAGCCAAAGCGGCAGAGGACCGCGUACACGAGGCAUCAGAUCCUCGAACUGGAGAAGGAGUUCCAUUACAAUAGGUACCUGACGAGACGGCGACGGAUCGAGAUCGCCCAUACCCUGGUGCUGUCCGAACGGCAGAUAAAGAUCUGGUUCCAGAACCGUCGCAUGAAGUGGAAGAAGGACAACAAGCUGCCCAACACGAAGAACGUGCGCCGGAAGAACGCGAACGGACAAGCGGCCCCGGCGUCCAAACCGUCCAAGUCGCAGGCCAGCAGGAGCAAGCUGGCGACCGGAAACAACAACAGCCAGAGGAAGAACAACAACAACUCGCCGUCGAGCGGCAUCGAAAGCAGUCUCGACUCGAACGUGGGUCUCGACAUGGCCGAGGUGCACGUGGUGAACGCUGCUCUUCCGCACGCGAACGUGGUCCAUCCGAGCUUCCAAGGUCACCCGCAUCCUCUGGCCCAUCUUCAGGCGCAGCUGAGUCAUCACCACGUGAGCGGCAUAAUGGACGGGCCGACGGGAGGGCCGCUGGGUCACAUAGGCUCCGGAAGUAUCAGUCCACUCGCCCCAGCCACCAGUCCCUCGGGACUGUCCCAAGUCACGGCACCCAUUCCGCCACCACCGAUAAAGUCCGAUUACGGCCUCACGGCGCUGUAACAUCCGUCCUGGGAACCAGAGUGUACAGUCGAUCGAGGAUACGUAGGCUACAGGGACGCGAGGUUCCCUUCCGCCGAUCUGGACGUCGUCGCUUAUUGACCAACGCGGUCGAUAAGGUCUCGUCGCGACCAAAUUCGACCAAACUCUGACGCGUCGCGUCAGCCGACCGGAUUGAAACGUUGCUCGAUGAAUGAUCCGUCAGCCGGAAGCAGCAAUUCUAUCUCCUCCGACGUGGACUGCCGGAUAAUUAUGUUGCUGACGGUGAAGUUCGAGACACAGGAGUAGCUGGAAGUUGAUCGUAAUUGUCCUAACCGCAAUGACCCCGACUAGGAUGGAAGUUUCAUCCUAUGAUCCUCCUUUCGAGCCGAGUCAUCCUUAUGAUCUGGUGAAACGAUGUCUCGGUUACCUGCUUCCCGUUGCUGAUACUUUCUGACUGUAGAUGAACUACCGACGCGAAGAGAACCAUAGCGUCAGCGAGUGAAAACGAGGAUAGACCUCGAAGAGAACAUGAACAGUGUGUAAGGGUGUGAUUUACUGUUUGUAACUUUGUGAACAGCGACGAUUGUGACUAGAAGAACUAUUGUUCGGUGAAACACUGCUGAAUGGUACGUUGUAAAACUUUCUUCAAAAUCUUGCCUAUCUGCGGAAUUUCAUUUCUUUCUACGAUUACACCGAGUCAUUUUUCUUAAUUCGAGACUCUUGCGAAGCCGUAAUGUAGAUUAUUUUCUGCGGAAAUUGUAUACUGUUCAGCGAAUAAGAAAAUGAUACAGUGAUGACUGAUAACGUUGACCGAACAUAAUUGUCGACGUUGAAGUGUAAUAAUUGACGUUCACGGAGUAUAAUUCUUAACUUGUAAACAUGGCUGUCUUAGUAAUAGAUUUACCACUUUUUAAGCUUCUAUUAGUUCUAUUCCGAAAAUCAAUUCGCAAAAAAUCAUUUACUUUAUGGCUCCGCGAGGUCCUCAAGUAAAUUAACUAUGCGACCAAAAUCUCAUUUGAAAGAAUCGAAAGUAGUCCCUUACAGUGUUCUAAGUGUAACCGCGACUUUUCGUUCGUCGAAAGCUGUGAUCCGAUAAUCAGCAUCUGUAAUCGAAACGAAGGAAUCGUUUCGUGACACGUUAAACUGUAUAUAUAGUUGUACACGUGUAUGUAUAUAGUCGUGUAAAGAAAGUCUUAUUUGCUAUGUGAUUAAAGUGCGUCGUAUUUCGUAUGUUAUCACGUAAGUGUGCGGUCUUAGCGUCGUUAAGUAUUCGAUAAAGACUAUCGCGAAAUUUAUCGGGAAGCGUUCUCGAAAUUCUCAAAUAACAACGAGGUACUCGUUGUUCCUUCGUAAAGGUAAAUAUUCGUUGUAAAGGAUAUGUACAGUACGGUGACGCUCGCGUUCCGUCGGUGAAACGCGGGAAAAUGGACGACGAGGUGAACCGUAAUGGCGAACGUUUUGCAGUAACUUUGAUGAGGUUUUCAAGAAAGAGAACUCGUGAAACUUGUUUCGUUUGGUUUUUAGUUGAGAGUGGUCUUGAACGAAGUAGAUAGUUCAAGCUUAAUUUAACACUUAAAUUUAUUAAAAAUUUUUCUGUAGAAUUUGACUCACUGAAGAAACGAAAAUGCAUUAGUUAUGUUUCAAAUUUUUAUUAAGAGCUUUGUGUCUUGAAAAUUUUUAUAAAAACACUUUUU